AUGCCCGCCCUCCUCGACGUACUCAUCAUCGGCGGCGGCCCGGCGGGCCUCAGCGCGGCGACGGCCCUCGCCCGGCAGCUCUACACGGCCGUCGUGUUCGACUCGGGCGUCUACCGCAACGCGCGAGCCACGCACAUGCACGCCGUGCCGACCUGGGACCAUCGCGACCCGGCCGACUUCCGCGCUGCCGCCCGCGCCGACCUCCUCGCUCGCUACGACACGAUUCGGUUCGAGCAGACGAGCGUCAGCGCUGUGCGCCGCACCGACGACGGCCGUUUCGAGGCCACGGACGCGAAUGGCAUCGCCUGGCGCGGCAGGAAACUCGUGCUGGCCACUGGGGUGCGGGACGUGUAUCCGGAUAUUCCUGGGUAUGACGACCUCUGGGGCCGGGGACUGUACCAUUGCCUGUUUUGCCACGGGUUCGAGGACCGCGGUUCGGCGUCUGUCGGCGUCUUAGCUGUCGGCGAUCUCGCAAAGGUAGGCCCCGCGCUUCAUGUGUCGCGCAUGGCGAAACGUCUGGCGAAGAAGGUCGUCAUCUACACGAACGGCUCCUCGGCGCUCUUGGACUCGCUCGCCACCGCGGUGGCCGAAGAUCCGGUCUUCGUUCUCGAUAACCGCCGUGUAGUCCGGCUCGAGAAGGGAGAGAACAGCUCGUCCAAGGCAAUUGUGCAUCUUGAAGACGGGACGGCCGCCUCGCAUGGCUUUGUUGUCCACAAGCCCAAGGGCGAAGUCAACGGCCCGUUCGUCCAACAGCUCGGUCUGGAACUGAACGAGGAAGGCGUCAUCAAAACCACUCAGCCUUUCUGCGAGACGACAGUCACGGGCGUAUUCGCGGCCGGCGACUGCGCUACACCCAUCACCAGUGUUGUCAACGCCAUGUCGAUGGGUGCGUUAGCAGGAGCGGGAAUCUGCGCGCAGCUGGGCGCCGAGAACACUGCGUAG